AUGUUUUUUAUUACAAGAAAAUUAUUUAAAGUAAUAAAAGUUAAAACAAAAUUAAAAUCGGUAAAAAAAUAUUUAUUAAAAACAAUGAAAUCUAUGAUAAUAUUAACAUCAAUGGAGAAUAUUGUCAGUGAAGAAAGUUCCCCUCUAUUGAUUACCGGAAAAAUAUCACUUUUUACAAAAUUGUCAUAUUCAUUAGGACAUGUCUUUAAUGAUCUUGCAGCAGCAAUGUGGUUUUCAUAUACACUAUUAUAUUUACAAAGAAUAACCAAGUUAGAGCCAUUAACUGCUGGUGCUCUAUUGUUAUUAGGUCAACUGGUUGAUGCAUUAAUGACACCAAUUUUUGGAAUACUUGUAGAUAAAUAUAAUAAAAAAAAAUUUUGGCACAUUAUUGGAUCAGUCCUUGUUGCAUUGUCGUUUCCAGUUAUUUUUGGAAAUUUUUUACAAAAUAUUAAAAAUAAUUAUAUUUCAAUGAUUGUUUACAUUGUUAGUAUUAUUAUUUUUCAAACUGGGUGGGCAGCAGUUCAAAUUUCUCAUUUAUCAAUGAUACCUAUGUUGACUAAUUUACCAUUAGUACGAGCAGAAUUAACAGCUAUUCGUUAUUCAGCACAAGUAACUGCGGCUGUUUUCCUUUUUAUAAUCACCUGGAUUGUUUUACCUACCAAUGAAAAUUCAAUGAUUAAAUUAAGUGACCAAGACGACAUUAAAUUUCGAAAUAUCGUACUAAUUGUAACAACGUGCGGUGUUACAGCAACAAUACUAUUCCAUGUAUCGUUAAAGUCACAUUUAUUGGAACAUAAUCAACGGAAUAAUGUUAUUGAUUCUCCAACCACUACUGAUUUAUCAUCGAAAAUAAAUGAUAAAAAAUUAUCAAAAAACAUUACUAAACUAAACGAUUUGUAUGAUAACAAUUCAUCAACUAUAUCGAUAACAAAAACAACAACAACAACAACAACAGCAACAGCAACAACUACAACGAAAAGUAGUAUUGGUGUAAAAGUUUUAAUACGAGUGGCUUUAUUGUACGUUGCUAGUCGUUUAUUUAUCACUUUAGCGACAGUUUAUUUGCCACUUUAUAUUGAAGAAACAGAUGUUGGUGGUAAACAAGCAUUAGCAACUGUACCUUUAGUAUCAUACAUUGCAUCCUUUAUAUCAGCAUUGACGCUAAAAUAUAUAAACCAAUCAUGUGGUACUAAGAUUUGUUAUUUACUGGGUUCACUUAUUGGAAUAAUUGGAGCAGCUAUUACAAAAUUUGGUGGAAAUUAUGAAAUAAUAAUAUAUUUAAUAGCUAUUUUUAUUGGAAUUGCAAGUUCUAUAACAAUGGUUACUGCAUUAAGUAUUACAGCAGAUUUUAUUGGAAUUAAAACAGAAAAUAGUGCUCUUAUUUAUUCUAUUGUAACCUUUUUGGAUAAAAUAAUAACGGGAUUAUUAGUAGUUUUUAUAGAAAAAUGGCGAUGCUUAGAUAAAGAAUCAUGUUUAAAUUAUAAUCGUGAUACGCUGGCAGUAGUUUGUUGUGGGUCAAUGAUACUAGGACUUAUUGCACUUAUCUCAUUAUUUCGACGAUAA